UCGAGGUCUUCCGUCUUCUGCUCGUGUGUGUGUGGAGGGCCUCGACACACUGACGGAUGAUGAUGGACCGAGAAGACAAGAUAGCAAACUUCCACAGACUCCUAUCAGAGGAGAGCUGCACCUCGAAUGUGUCCAGCGACUCGUGUGAAUACUAUCAGACGGAGAUAUUCGGGCUGUUGCCGAGCUCACAGGCUCAUCGCCGGCCGCACGCAGACGCCGGCACACAGGAUCCCGGCAGAGUCUCCUGGAACCCCAGCGUCCCGCUCAGAGCUCUACCGGUCUGUCUGCAGGGCAAGAGGGACACCAGAGAUAGGCAGCAUCUGCAGAGACGCAGCAUUGGCUACUGGGACUCGUGGAGGCGGAGCCAGCAAACCACAAGGCGGCGCUUAAAGGAGCAUGUGGGCAGGGCCCUGUCAGAACUGUUGCCAUGGAGACACGCGAUUCAUAAGAUCGAAGGUCAGUUUGGUGUCGGGGUGAAGGCGUACUUUGUGUUUCUGCGCUACUUGCUGUGCUUGAACCUGCUUUACUGUGUGAUCAUCGCUGGAUCUGUGCUGACGCCAACGCUGGUGUUCAGGAAGGACUCAGGCCAUUCAAACCAAAUCUUUGGAUAUAAAGACAUUUUUGUCGGAUCAGGUGUCCUUGAAAACUCUUCAGUGUUUCACAGUUUCUACACUCGCGGAUCUCUUGAUUUGGCCUGUUUAAACACUCCACUCCUCUUUCUACUUGGCAUGAUCUCUGUCCUCUUCCUCAGCAUCAUCAUGGUGGUCCGCAGGACGGUUGUGGGAUACAAACACUCGUGGCUCACUGGAAACCGCUUCAGUUCAAACCUGAGCUACAAGGUUUUCUGUGGGUGGGAUUUCAGUAUUCAGGACUCGCAAGCAUCAACCCUGAAACAAAACUUCAUCAGAAACGAACUGAAGAUGGAUCUAGAAGAGCAGAAGUUUCACGAGAGGGUCCAGCGCCGAUCGCUCGCUCUCUGGGUUCGACUCAUCCUCCUGCGGGUCUUUCUGAACAUCAUUGUGCUGGUUCUUCUGGGAAGCGCAUUCGCUCUGAUCGUUUACAGCAUCAUUCUGUCACAAGAGAAGCUCCACCCUUCCCAGUCUGGCAGUGAUGCUACGGUUCUGAACUGGUCUCUGAUGUUGGAGUAUCUUCCUCCAAUCACAAUGGCGACCAUAAACUACAUACUGCCGCACAUCUUCAGUAAAGUCUCAGAGUUUGAAGAUUAUUCACUCACCAUCCAGCUCAACCUCACCCUGAUCAGGAGUAUUUUCCUGAAGUUGGCGUCUUUGGGCAUCUAUCUGUUCUUCCUCCUCAUACACUCUCCAAACAAGCAAGAGCCUCAGAUAUGCGAGGAGCCCUGCAGAGAGAACGCGUUCGGGAAGGAGAUGUACAAACUCGUCGUCUUCAACUUCCUGGAGUGUUUCUUCAAUGCGUUUUUUGUGGCUUACCCAAGAACCUUCUUGGUGGAGAGGUUUCCAUCCUCGUCGCUAGCGCGGUUACUAGGCAAGAAGCAGUUUGAGAUUCCCUUCAACGUGCUGGACCUGGUGAACAGCCAGACGGUCACAUGGGUGGGAGUGUUUUACUGCCCCCUGCUGCCGGCCAUCAGCGCCGUCAGGCUGAUGGUCCUCUUCUACCUCAAGAAGUUCACAGUGCAGCGCUGUUGUGUUCCGGCUCAGAGAAUGUUCCGGACCGCCAGUUCUUCUGUUCUCUUCCACUUCAUGCUGUUGUUGGGUCUCUUAAUGUCUGUGGUCACAUUAGUGGUCAACAUCAACAGGUUUAAUCCGGGAUGCUGCGGCCCGUUUAAAGACACAACUGUGUUUAAUGUGACGAGUGUGUGUAAAAAGACGCUGCCCGAUGAGGUUCAGACCACCAUCAACUACAUCUCAUCAGAGGGCUUCGCAUUCGCUCUCAUACUGGCUGAGGUUGUGAUCCUGACGUCGUAUGUGUCCCGCCGCCGAGCGAACCAUAAAGCCAUCGAGAGACUGAAGGACAUGCUGGUGAUGUGCAGCUCUGAUAAACGGUUCUUGGUGAAACAGCACUCGACUAUCACGCGACACGCUAACUCGACGGCACCCGUAGAAAACACCAUCUUCGGUUAAAGAAGAGCGUGAGGCUAAACUGCAACGACUGGAUCUGGAA